AGAGAGUGAAAUAAGAGGACCUGAAGGCGUAGCUCUCUCUCUCUCUCUCUCUCUCUCUCUCUCUCUCUCUCUCUCUCUGUUGACUGUGGUUAAGUCAUAUACUCCAGAUAGGGGGUGUUUGCUCUAUUUCUGUUGGCAGUACACUGCACCGUGGUGUCGAGGAAGAAGAGAAGCGGGAACACAGUCACACAAACCCAGAACCCACCUGUAUUCACCUGAAAGAUCAACAUGGCAAACAGAGGUCCCGCUUACGGUCUGAGCCGUGAGGUUCAGAGUAAGAUCGAUAAGAAAUACGACCCGGAGCUGGAGGAGAGGCUGGUGGAGUGGAUCGUCGCCCAGUGUGGCGCUGGAGUCGGUCGGCCCGAGCCGGACAAGACCGGCUUCCAGAACUGGCUUAAGGACGGAUGUGUGCUUUGUGAGCUCAUCAAUAGUCUGCACGGAGCCAACAAACCGAUCAAGGCCAUCAAAAACUCCACCAUGGCCUUCAAGCAGAUGGAACAAAUCUCCAUGUUUUUGAAAGCGGCCGAAAGCUAUGGAGUCGUCAAAACUGACAUGUUCCAGACCGUAGAUCUCUAUGAAGGCAAAGAUCUGGCUGCUGUCCAGAGGACCCUGAUGGCCCUGGGUAGUUUGGCCGUAACCAAGGGCGACGGGAAUUACAAAGGAGAUCCAAACUGGUUCCAUAAAAAGGCGCAAGAGAACCGGAGAGACUUCUCCGAGGAGCAGCUGAGCGAGGGGAAGAACGUCAUCGGCCUGCAGAUGGGAACCAACAAAGGAGCGUCCCAGGCCGGGAUGACGGGCUACGGACGGCCGAGGCAGAUCAUCAACAACCCCUGAACCCCUCAACCGAACCAGCGCCCGUCCUCCCUUACGGGGAGGCCUGUCAGCAGGGAUGGAGAAACUCUGACUGUUACCCUCGGCCUGGAGGAGAAAAAAAGCAACCAGACUGUCUUCCGUGACUUAACUGGACCAAAAUAGGGACCAAAUAAAAAGCAUGUGCACAAAAGAAAUACACUCCAUGAAAGGAAAUUUGUAUACAUACAGUCCAGACCGUCAGCUGUACAACUAAAACGAUUCGAAAUCCUUUAAACGUUGUAUGUUGUGGCAUCCGUCCUUUGGGCCCUUGAUGAAUCCCGUUUUUCUGAAUAGGAUCAUUUUAGCUUUGCAUGUUUUAACCCAUUAUCUUCUAAUCCUUCACAUCACUGUAAACCACCGUGUCCAAACCAUUUCACACCUUUCAAAUCCUUGCGGAAAUGCGUCUUUCCUUUCAAGAUUUAUUCUCUUUAGCUUUGUUUUUAACAUGUACUUACCUCACCGUUGCUCAGCAUUUAUCAGGAGUCCCCGAAAUCGAGUUUUCAAUGCAGGAAACCACAAUAUCUGCGACGUCCUCGUUUUAAUUUUGUUUAUCUGAAACGACGCCCUUGUGUCGGCAUGGUAUCAGUUCUUGAACGCCGGAGUGUCAUUGAAUGUACCACCAAGGAUAGAUUUGAAAGUGCUACAAGCGCUAGAAUAACGCAGCCUUGAGGAGAAAAUGUCAAAGAGGACGUUAAACAUAAAACAAUCUUAUGCUGACGGGUUUAAACAAGCCAACAGAUCAGUGCAGUCAUCUCUGAGGAGAUCCGAAAGCUGGAAUCAGUCUGCAGACUGUUGUUGUCAGCUAUCCGGUUUCUAAAAUGAUCUACCGUUUUUUUAGGGUUUGGUUUGAAAUAAAGAUUGGUUUAUCUUUUGAAAA